AUGGCUGAAGCAAUCGGAUUAGCGUCCAGCAUUCUAGGUCUAGCGGUUUUUGCUUAUGACACAAGCAAGUCAUUAUAUGAAGCCAUUUCAAGUUACAAGAGCCAGCGAAAAACCAUCAGAGAUCUUCAGACUGAUAUAAGCUCUCUUGUCACUAUACUUGAAUCAAUCCAAACACAGGCACGAGACUCACAGGACGAUAAGAGGUUAAAGCCCCUUCAACAGCCAUUGGAAUGUUGUUUGGAAACAUGUCAAGAAAUGCGUAAAGCGCUGGAUAUGUGUACUAAACACUCAGGGGAAGGACAGAAUAGUAUUCAGGAUUGGCUCAAGAUGCGAUAUCAUGAAAAGAGUUUUGAGGACAUGAAGCAACGGCUCGCCAGUUAUAAAUCGACACUUAGUAUUACUUUUGACGCGAUCAAUAUUCGCGUUCAAUGUAGCACAGAAGAUUCAUUAAAUGAUCUGAAAGACUCGAUCCAAGGUACCAAAGAAGAUUUGGAAGAUCAACUGGAUCAAGUGCGAGAAACUAUCAGUUCUGCGGAUGUUUCAGUCCAAGGAGUCCUUCAAGCUGAUCAGACUCAUUUGCAAAAAAGUCUUGAGAGUCUUGAGCGGGCCCAGUGGGUUAUAAGUACAACUCAACCUCAAGUCAUUAUCAAGAGCAACCGAGCUGUUCAAGGCAGCCGCGCAAUCUUUGGUACAGAUGUAUCUCAGCCAGAGUUCAGCAUGAAUGUGUCAGGUAACGAGGCCGGUUUAGGUGCUGUAGUCUCUGCUGGGGUCCAUUCACCAGAAACGCUUCAAAAGCUGCUUGGGGAUUCUCGGACUCAAAACUUCGCACUCUUACUCCAAGCACUACAGACUCAACCCCAAAGCACAAAUGCUUCCGCUCUGCAAAAUCUUCUACACAACCUACAACUUGGGCCGCCGGAAGGGAACCAUGCUUCAAACUUAGGGAUCUCAGAAAAUUCCAAUCCAGAAGUAUUAUCCAGACACCCGUACGAUCCAUCGGGCCAAUACAUGGGGAGGUAG